AUGCCAGACGAAGAUUUUGGUAAUGCUAGGGAUUACGAAAAGUACUUGGAACAAGAGGUUGUCGUUAUGCUACGGGAUGGAAGGUAUCUGUACGGCAUAAUGAAAUCCUUCGAUCAAUUCAAUAGCAUAACACUGGACGGUGUCAUAGAAAGGAUAUUCCAUGAUGGAAAGUAUGCAGAAAGAAAGCACGAGCUAUUUAUAAUAAGAGGAGAAAACAUCACAAUGAUAGGCUUGGGAUCCUCAAAAAUAGGAAAAGAGCUGUCGGAGGUGGACUUCCUGGCCCUCAGGGACGAGAUUCUAAGCUCUCAGCCACAGCUCAGCUGA